AUGAGGAAUAUAAAUCAAGGCGAUAAACUUAUGAAUUUUAUGGGGAAAGCAACGUCCACUCCUCUGCUCUUUCAAUCAAAGUUGGUCUGUUUCUCUCUGCUCUACCUCUUCACCUCUCUGUUUCUAGCUAUCUACACCUCUCUCUCCCAAACCAAAUGCCUCUUCAGAUCCUCCCCUUUCGACCCAAUUCAGGCCCCUCUCUUCUCCUACCCUGCAACCUAUGGAGAGCACAAGUAUGCAAUCCCAACCCACCGUAACACUUGCUCGUCCCCUGUCUUUUUCUCAGAUUAUUGGAUGGUCUUGAAGGAGAUCCAAAAUUUGUGUAAGAAUUCUUCAUGGUCUUCAUCGGGUUUGAGGUAUAUGCAGGGCAAGGCUGAGACUUUUGCAGGAAAUUUCAGUACCCAAGAUAGAAUUCCCUAUUUUGUUCAUUAUAAUGAUAGCAUUGAAUUCCCUUGCGGGUUUUUGAAGAAAUUUCCAAUUAGUAAUUCUGAUCGAACAGAUAUGGAAAACUGCGAAGGAGUUGUAGUGGUCUCUGCGAUCUUCAAUGACCAUGAUAAAAUUCGACAGCCCCGAGGCCUCGGAUCGAAAACCCUAGACAAUGUGUGUUUCUUUCUGUUUACAGAUGAUGUAACCCUCAAAGGACUUGUCUACCAUAGAUUAAUUCCAAGCAAAUCCAAAAACUAUAAGAUAGGAGCAUGGAGGGUUGUCAAGGUUUUGAGCAAGGGAUUGUAUGAGAAUCCAGCAAUGAAUGGUGUCAUACCAAAAUAUUUAGUCCAUAGGCUCUUCCCAAACUCAAAAUUCAGCAUUUGGAUAGACGCAAAGUUGCAGCUGAUGGUUGAUCCAUUGCUGCUGAUUCAUUCACUUGUUGUGUCUGAGAAUGCAGACAUGGCAAUUUCAAAACAUCCCUACUAUAUUCAUACCAUGGAAGAAGCAAUGGCAACUGCAAGGUGGCAGAAAUGGUGGGAUGUUGAUGGCUUGAAGAAGCAGAUGGAGACUUAUUGUGAGAAUGGUUUGCUUCCUUGGAGUCCCAGCAAGCUCCCCUAUCCCUCAGAUGUACCAGACAGUGCUCUAAUUCUGAGAAGACAUGGAUUGAGGAGCAAUCUAUUCUCCUGCCUGCUGUUCAAUGAGUUGGAGGCUUUUAACCCAAGAGACCAGUUGGCUUUUGCAUACGUGAGAGAUCUCAUGAGCCCAAGGCUGAAGCUGAACAUGUUUGAAGUGGAAAUCUUUGAGCAGAUUGUUGUUGAAUACAGGCACAACAUAAAGCGCGGAGGUGGGGCCAGUGGCAGACAAGAGGCGGGGCCCAAAGGACCCAAAACCAAAAAGACCAAAAGGGCAGGCCCUGAUUUGUUGUAUGUUAAUGGCAGCUGUUGCAGCAAGUGCCAGAAGUAUCUUUUGGAGAUGUGGGGUGAAUCCGAGAGUUAA